CAGGCAAAGAGAGCAGCAUGUCUGGCAGAGGCAAGGGCGGGAAGGGGCUCGGCAAGGGGGGCGCCAAGCGCCACCGCAAGGUGCUGCGCGACAACAUCCAGGGCAUCACCAAGCCGGCCAUCCGGCGCCUGGCUCGCCGUGGCGGCGUCAAGCGCAUCUCGGGGCUCAUCUACGAGGAGACGCGCGGCGUGUUGAAGGUGUUCCUGGAGAACGUGAUCCGUGACGCUGUCACCUACACCGAGCACGCUAAGAGGAAGACUGUCACGGCCAUGGACGUGGUCUACGCUCUGAAGCGCCAAGGACGCACCCUCUACGGCUUUGGCGGUUAAGAGAUUUGCCGUUGUUACAGCUUCUCAAGAACCCAAAGGCUCUUUUAAGAGCCACCCACGUUUUCCUUUAAAAGAGCUGUGUCACGUAGUUUCAGUUUUCUUGCCUGGGCGUUUUCGCUACACUGUCUGUUUUGGCGAUCCCAGUUCUCGUCUGCUCGCUCAGGUGUCUUUGGGCUGCAGCUGGACAGCAGCCGCUUUCGAAAGAGCUUGCUGAGGCGCUCGGCCUUGCUAAGCGGGUGCGGUGCCGGUUUGUGACUGACUCAAGAGUAACGGACGGAUGCCUGGAGCUUCUGGGAAAGACAGCGGCCCGAAGGGCGAACCACGCUAAAAUAAAAACAAGGAAAAAGGCAACCCCCGUCUCAUGUCUUGCCAUGUUACCUACCGCGGUGCGGUGGAUCCUUGUUUUUCUCGGGCGUAAUAAAGGGAGAACUGCAGCGCC